UUCGUCAGCAGAGAUUUUUAAAAGAAGUUUAUCUAUAUUUCUAAGAAAUAUGCCUGAGAACUGUAUUUAGUCCGGUAGUAGAGCUUCUGCAUAUAAAUAUCCACGAUGAGCGGGAAAAGAAUGAGUGAAGGAAACUGGGAGAUAUCUGUUACAUCUCCGUCCAGGCUGGAGGUGGAUCCAGAACUAGCAGAUACUUCUAAACUAUCUCCUGGGCAUCAAGAAGAAAGUUUAGAAGGCAAUACCUUGAACAUGGAUGAUUGCUGGAGGAUCAAUAUAAAGGCCCCGGCUUCCUUGAACGUGAAGAAAGGAGAACCUACUGAGGAUGGUUACCAGGAGACGAUUAUUUCUGAAGGAGAGGAUGAAAAGGGAGAGUUUCUUUCAGGUCCUGAAUGGAAGGUUAGAAUCACCACAAAAAUAGGCCAAGAUCUAGAUGUACAGCAGUUGGUAGACGACAGCGGCGAGCACAGAGUUCUGAUAUCUCCAAUCCCACCAAAAAUUAUCAAAAAAGAAGAAAAGGUUCUGGAGAAAAUUGAAAGAAAGGUUCCACCCCGAAAAAAUGAAGUCAAAAUCAACAUCAAAAAGGGGGAUGAUAGGUAUUUGUACAGUGGAGGCAAAAUUUUCUUUAGGGAGUGCCCACUGUAUCAUAAGGUUGGAUGGACGAGUGCAUCAGCUUAGAACAAUUCUAAAUUAUAAUUAUACUAUUAAUAAUGAUUAUAAUAAUAAAGAUAAUAAUAGCAAUUAUAAUAAUAAUAAUGAUAAUACUAAUAAUAAUAAAAAAAGAAGAAGGGCUCAAUGCACCCCAAAAGCCUAUUAAUAAUAAUAAUAACAACAAUAAUAAUAAUAAUGAUAAUAAUAGUAAUAAUAAUAAAAAUAAUAAUUGUAAUGAUAAUGAUAAUAAUAAUAGUAAGAAAAAGAACAAGAAGAAUGAGAAGAUCAAGAAAAAAACUGCAAUGGUUCGAAGAACAGUAAUAUAUAGACAAAUUAUAUAUGUUUGAAGUCAACAUGGAAAUCAAUUAUUGCUUGCCAGUGCCCUUAAAUGUUUCUAUUAAACCAGUGUGUACUUAUCAUUCAUUCUCAGUUCAUGUUCAAUUUAAUUAUAGCAGAACUUUAAAGUAGUUAUCGUGCUGAAAUGUCUCAAGUAAUUAUAGAUUUAUUAUCGCAACGCUAUGGCCUUUGUUUUUACCUAAACAACUCACUUAUACUUUUUCGUAGCCCUGGACAUAUAAUUUUAAUAAUGCAACAGGCUUAUUUCUAGUUUAAGUUUUAAAAUAGUAAUGGGCAAUAAACUUUUUACAGUAAUAUUAAGUUCCCCAAAUUUUCUAAAAAAAAGGAUGCUUCUUAAAAUAAUUUUUUCAAAUUGAACAUGAAUAGAAUUAAAAUAAUUUCAAAUUUUUUACUUUGUCAAAAAAUCUUGUAUGACAUUUGUUUUGAAAAGUGCACAAAAACAUUACCUUUUAACACUAUUAUUAGGGUACGACGAAUAAUUUAUAAUAUUUUAGGACUUUCUCUGUAGAAUCUCGUCUUUUAGAUUAUUAUCCAUGUUGACUAAAAUAUGUAAUAUCUUAGAUAAAGAGAAAUUUUCUGUUUAAAAUCUGUUAACUGUAAACCGAAAUAAUAUGAAUAGUUAUCGUGCUUGUAAACUUGUAACAAUAUUGCAGAGGUUUAGAGAAUAAAA